UGGAGCUUCAACCCACACCUUUUACCGUUUCUGCUAACUGGUAGCCUCAUACACUCGCACAGCUUAUCUUCUUCUAUAGUAUAAAAGUGCUGUCCUUCGUAUAGUCAUGAGGCUCAGCAUAUCCCGUAUGAUGGCGCUGAGCGCUGCCGCCAUGACACUUGUAUCGGCCUUUACACAAGUCAGCAUCAACGAAGGAAUGAACGUCAAUAUCAAAUCCUCCAUAGACCCCGAUGGUAAUUUGGUUGUGUCUACUGUAACAUCAAAGUACACAACCUAUAUCCUGUUUAUGAAUGACAGCAAUGGGAGGUCUUCAUUCAUCGGGUCGCCCGUCUUCACAACUAACCACGCCGGAAGCACCAUAGUCAAAGUUGUGCCUGUCAAGGAGAUUCCCAAAGAUGAGCUCCCUUCCCCAACAAAGGCCACUGACGACAGCAAUGGCGACGCGACACCCACAUCGACGCCGAAGCCGACCGCCGCACCCACAGAGACAUCUAAGCCCACAGGAUCCAGCACGCCGACCGAAACGCCGGCCACGAGCAGCAAAAAGGUCAAUGCGGCGUUAAUCGGCGGUGCUGUUGGUGGUGGUGUUGCUGGGCUGGCGAUAAUUGGCGUUCUUGUCUGGUUCUUCUACCGGCGGCACAGGCGGCAGCGGCAGAUUGAGGAGCACCAGAAGGAGGAAAUGCAGCUUCUGGCCAUGGAGCUUGGCGGCUCGUUCAACCCCGAAAAGGGGCGGUCAAUCAGCGUGCACAACGAUAACGCCUUCAGCGACGCAGCGUCAGCUACUGAGGAGCUCGCGUCGCGCUACACGCGCACUGCCAACUCGCUGGCCAACAACCAUCCGUCCUUGCAGGAAUCGUUCUCAAACAACGCCUAUCAUAUCAAUGUCGGCACCGAGCUCACAAUGGACUCGCAAGGUCGCCAUGGGCUGCCCGAUGGGUCGCCGCUCGUGCAGGACUGCAUACUCCCACAGCGUAAUUUGAAGGCCGCUGACAAUUACAUUGAGCUCGAAUGGUUCCCGCUUAUUUCGCAGAAUACCAAAAUGGAACCGCAUGCCGGUCCCAAUUAUGUUGAGGACCGCGGGCUGUCGAACAUCGCCACAUUCAUCAAAUCCUCGUCCAACCAAAAGAACAUGUCUGCAAUCAGCGGUCUCCGCAAGUAAUUACCUACACUACAACAAUAGCACCAAUAUCUGUCGAAUAAAUGUGUUUUCUUCACGCAAACGAUAUAUACUAGAAUUAUCUGUAUGGAGCAGUGUAGCCAUAGCAAACUCAAGGGUCUUCUGGUUUCUGGUACAGCGGGUGCACAGCCUCGAUAGCGUCGGCGUGAGCGACCCGCCACUUGCGCUUCUCGUCCUCCCACAUAAGCCGAGCGCUCUUGACAACAGCCGACUGCUCGACCCCUUCCUUUAUCGUGUCUGUUGCCCAUUCACUACUGCUGCUGAUUGCGCGCUUCACCUCCCCCGCGCCAUACUCGAGCCCGUCAUUUACCAGCCUACGUGUCUUUUGUGUGCCCGCCGUCAAGUACCCAGGCUCACCCGCCCAGUGGAAUAGCUGGCCCACACGUGCAUUCCACCAUAUCACUCGCCGCGGUGCUGUCGUCUCUCCGG